AUGUUUCCGCCCUUUUUUUUCUCAAUGGAGAUUGUAUUCUUGAUUUCGUCUGUCUUUUGGCCAUUGAAUUCUAUUUUUCGUUUUGCAUUUCUUUCUUUCUUUCUUUCUUCCUUUUUGCAUUUUUCUGUUUCUUUUCUUCCUUUUUGCAUUUUUCUGUUUCUUUUCUUCCUUUUGUACAUUUCUUUGUUUCUUUUCUUUCUCUUUGCUUUUUUUUUCUUUUCUCCCUCUGCUUUUGUUUUCUUUCUUUUUGUCCUCUUUUGUUUUCUUUCUUUUCCUCCUUUUUUGUUUUCUGUCUUUUCUUCCUCUGCUUUUCUUUCUUUUAAUCCUCUUGGCUUUUCUUCCUCUCUUCUUGUCCUCUUUGCUUUUAUUUCUUUUCCUUCUCUUUGUUUUUCUUUCUUUCUUUUCCUUCCCUUUGCUUUUCUUUCUUUCUUUCUUUCUUUUCCUCCUCUUUGCUUUUCUUUCUCUUUGCUUUUCUUUCUCUUUGCUUUUCUUUCUCUUUGCUUUUCUUUAAUUCUUUCUCUUUGCUUUUCUCUUUCUUUUACUUCCUCUUUGGAUUUAUUUCUUUUACUUCCUCUUUGCUUUUAUUUCUUUUUCUUCCUCUUUGCUUUUAUUUCUUUUUUCUUUUUCUUUUCUUUUCUUUCUUUUUGCUUUUUUUUUCUUUUCUUCCUCUUUGCUUUUCUUUUUCUAUUCUUCCUCUUUGCUUUUCUUUUUCUAUUCUUCCUCUUUGCUUUACUUUUUCUAUUCUUCCUCUUUGCUUUACUUUUUCUUUUCUUUCUUUUUUUCUUUUCUUUCUUUUUUUCUUUUCUUUCUUUUUUUCUUUCUCUUUGCUUUUCUUUCUUUCUCUUUGAUUUUCUUUCUUUUCUUUCUCUUUGCUUUUAUUUCUUUUUCUUUUCUUCCUCUUUGCUUUUCUUUUUCUUUUCUUCCUCUUUGCUUUUCUUUUUCUAUUAUUUCUUUUUUCUUUCUCUCUUUGCUUUUCUUUCUUUUUUUCUUUCUCUCUUUGCUUUUCUUUUUUUUUUUUUUUUCUCUUUGCUUUUCUUUCUUUUUUCUUUCUCUUUGCUUUUCUUUCUUUUUUCUUUCUCUUUGCUUUUCUUUCUUUUCUUUGCUUUCUCUUUGCUUUUCUUUCUUUUCUUUGCUUUUCUUUCUCUUUGCUUUUCUUUUUUUCUUUUCUUUUCUUUCUAUUCUUCCUUUUUGCAUUUCUUUGUUUCUUUUGUUUCUUUUUCCUUUGCCUUUCUUUUCUUUUUACUUUUACCUUUUCAACUAUUUUCUCAAUUUUCUUCCCUUCUGAUCAUUUCAUUUCAUUUAUUACCAUUUCUUCCUUUUUUUUUCUUCUCUUUUCCAUUAUUGAUAACCAACAUAUCUGAUAAUGAGCCUAAAACAUAA